UAUUAUAGGCUUUAGAACACAAGCAAGGGAGACGCAGCAGGUGUUUUCAUAAAAAAAUUGUCUGCGUGGUCGACUAAGUACGGCGAAGGGUGGUGUGUUAAGUCGAUCAAAUAACAGAGAAAUAAGUAGAGGAAAAUAUGUCGGAAGACAGCAAAGUCGUAGAGUCGACGACGUCAUCGUCGGACGAGGUGGCUCCGAAAUUUUUUACGCGAGCCGAGGUUGCUCAGCGCAACGACAUCACAGAAGCUUGGAUUAUCAUUCACAACGGUGUUUACGAUGUCACAAAGUUCCUCGGCGAACAUCCUGGUGGUGAGGAGGUGCUCCUGGAACAGGCUGGUAAAGACUCCACGGAACCAUUCGAAGAUGUUGCCCAUUCGACAGAUGCCAGAGAAAUGAUGAAGCCUUUCAAAGUUGGGGAGAUCGUUCAAGAGGAGCGAACAAAUGAAAGGGACCAAAAGUCCAAAAAUGCAGCUAGCGGCAUAGGUGGUCACGAUGAUCCCAGUGGCUCUUGGAGAUCUUGGCUGAUUCCCUUUGCUCUGGGUGUGCUGGCAACCAUUAUUUAUCGCUACUUCAUCACUUCUCACUAAGUAGAGAAGUUGUGCUCCAGUUGGCCUCUACAACAUUGGAGCUGUGUGAAAGAAUGUAAAAAAUAUGACAGAAAGGAAUAGUCAUGCCUUUGAAGGAUGUUUUAAAUAAGUGUAAUUGUUACAAAAACAUUACUAAUAUUAUAUAGUUAGCAGCUGCAACAGAUGAUGCCUUACCAAUAUACUUAUCAUGUUAUUACGUGGUGUAAUGUUUUUGUUGGAAAAAGAAAAAUGGUGCGUGUUUACUAAAGUAAAUAUGGAUAUUUUUAUAGUUUACAACAGAUUAUGUUGAUAGUAUUGUGGUUGCAGCAGCUUGUUAAAUGUAAAUGUUUAUUAUUGAACUUUUAAAUCUUACUGAUGCUUUUAUAAAUGUGGGUAAACUUUGUUAAUGACAUGAUCAUUGUCGUUAAAAUGCAUUUUUGAUUUAUGAUAUUUUGUUGGUCAGUAAUGUUGGACUGGCCUCUGUUAUUAUUAAGAAUUUUCUAUACUUUAUAGUAAAAUACAACUUUUUCCAAAAUAAAUAAUUUAAUCAAAACUA